GGCCAUGUCCAUUGUAUUUCUUUGACCUGUCACGUGUCCCAGCGGUGACCCCUUGCUCUUCAUUGUACACAGCACGUGUCUCUAAACCGGUGGUUGGUCAUUUUUCAUCAGUAUUGAAAUUCACAUUGAUUUAUAUUUAUAUUUUUUAUUUUUUUUUGCAGUGGCGGACGACGAGCGCGUGUGACCGCGGGUCCUGCCCUUGUCCGGUGAUCCCGCGCGAGGACACUGCAUCUCUCUCUGGCACACACACACACACACACACACACUGGGAGAGAAGGAGAGAGAGAGAGAGAGAGAGACGGAGGCGGAAACCUCCAUCUGCCCUGCUCGGUGACCGACCCGUCAUCCUCGGGCUCGGGAGAAGAAACGAAUCCAAACCCCUUUUUCCUUUUUCCCUUUUCUUUUUCCUGUUUCCGUCUCACACCGAGGACCGAGGGACCGGGGCGGGGGAGGAUGUCAGGGCAGCGGGAGGGACCUGAACAUGUAGGCUAUGCCCCGUACUGCACCACCAGCGCCGCCGCCACCUGCCCUCCCGGUACCGGUCAAUGAGAAACAGCAGCCGCUCCGUCUGAAGAGCGAAUCCUCCUUUGUUUUCUCCUUCACCCCCUCCUCCUCUUUUUCUUUUCUGUACCAUACUCUCCUCACUUCCAUAUGAUGAAGAACACAGUCGUCUUAUUUUAGAAACACUGCCUUCCUCCUCCUCCUCUCCUUCCUCCUCUUCCUUCUCUCUUGCCCUCCUCUCCUGAGUUUUGACUCCCUCUCUUUUUUUGCAAACACACACACACGCACGUAGGAAAAUGAAGCGUGGGUCGAGUGUGUUGCAGCCUCCCUGUGAUGCAGCCAAACGACACACACACCCUGCAAACGCACACACACAGACACACACCGGCGGUGGUGGUGACGCUCGCUCGCUGAGUGUGUCCAACACACACGCUGAACACGCGCCGGACACACGCGCCGCAGGUUCGAGCCCCUUCCCAGCAGCCACCUCUCUGUUCAGCCCUGAUGUCAGCACCAAGAUGGCGUCUGACCUCCUCAUCAGGCUGUCAGAGGCCACCCAGAAGGCCCAGGUGCAUCCUGGGAGCCAAGCGGAGGCGGAGCCCCAGCGGCUCGAGGUCCCGCUGGAGGUGCGCGGCGGGCAGCAGGACGAGCCGGGCCUCGCGCUCUCACCCGACGGCCCCGGGGCGAGUCCCGAGCCGCCGUCCCUCACGCACACGCCUGACGGCAACACCGCCGCCGCCACGGACACGCUGGCGUCCGAGUUGCUGAGGCAACUGGCAGGUACAGAGCGGCAGGAGGUGAACUGCCCCGGCGUCAGGGUCAAAGAGGAAGAGGAGCCCGUGGAAGUCGACGCGAUGGUCGUCUGCGACCUCGUCCGCGAUCGGCCGGCCGCGAAAGAGACAAGCUCGUCUUCCCCGGAGGGGGCGAGCCGCCAUCGCUUCACCAUCACACCAGUAGAGCGGGAUCUCGGUGGCAACAAGGCGGCUGCGCAGUCGCACCCCGGAGCCCAAUUGGCAGAGCCGCGUCUCUCGGCCCUCAAAAUGGAGGACAGUUUCUUUAACGGAGACUGCCAGUCCGCCAGCUCAAAGACGAGCGACAGUGUCGCCGGCAAGUUCCAGUUCCGAGUGAAGAUGGAGGAGGACGACGUCUCCAGGACCAGGAUGACUGAACAGCUUCUCUCCGGAGCCAAGAUGGAGGAUCAGUUUCUCUUUAAAGCCAAACUUGCCGAGCGGCCGUUCUCUGCAGCCAAGACGGGCAACAGGUUCCUCUCCGGGGUCAAGACGGAGAACGGGCUCCUCCCCGGAGCCAAGUUGGCCGACCGCGUGUUGUUGUCCAGGGCAAAGACGGAGGAGCAGCUCUUCUUUGGAGCCAAGAUGGAGGACCAGUGCCUCAGGGCCGUGCUGUGGCAGGACAUGUCGGUUAACCUGGCAUCCACGCUGCUCCACCAGCUCUCAGAGAGGGUCAGCAAAUCGAACAAUCCGCUUGUGGAGAGGUCGACUCCGCCCACCAGGAGCAGUCCUGUUUUGAAGCUGAAUGGGGACCCACUCUGUUCUCCCCCACUUGUGAGGACCCAGGACCCUCCACAUGAAACCCAAACCUGCCACAGUAGAUCUCAAACCACAGGUUACUUCUACAGGUGUCACGUGUGCGGCUUCGAGACGGAGGGCUGCGGCCUCUUCCAGAGCCACAUGACGGGACACCGCCAAUGGGAGCGCGCCUCCUUCUCGCUGCACUGCUGCGCGUGCGACCACUCGACCAAUCAGGAGGCGGAGAUGAGGGCUCACGCUGACACGCACGCGCGGGGCGACACGGCGGUCGGCGGAGGCGUGAGAUGCCCCAUCACCCCUCCUGCCGCCUCCGCCUCCUCCUCCUCCAGCAGCACUGCCACCACCACUCUGGCAGUUGCCGUGGCAACCCCGCCGGAGAGGAGCACCUCGGAGCAUCGCUGCCGCAUCUGCCAGAGGUCGUUUCCCGGGCAGCAGGAGCUGCUGGUUCACUUCCAGGGUCAUCGCCAGGGCAACCAGUAUCGGUGCGACCGGUGUGGCCACCUGACGCGGACUGCCAACAAGCUGGUGGAGCACGUGCGCGUGCACACGGGCGAGCGGCCGUUCACCUGCCACCUCUGCCCGUACAGCGCCAAGCGGCGGGACAGUCUGCGGCUGCACUGCAAGGUCAAGCACGCCGCCGCCGCCGCGCUCGUCAACGGCAACGCGGCGGCGGACGCGCCCGGCGACGUCCACACGCACCGGUCGUACGCGCACGGAGACAAUCAGCGUUCGAACAAACACGUCCAGCGGCUGCACACGGCGGCCAACACACACACUGCUGCACCCUCCUCCUCCCUUCCUCCUCUUCAUCCUUCGCUCCACGACCGGGCAGGAUGGAGGGAUUUGUCUCCGCUCCUCCCCAUCACGACACUCAUCUCUCUGAAGCCACGCGCUCCUUCUCCACCUUCCUCCUCCUCCUCCUCCUCCUCCUCCACAAAACACUCCUUCCUCAGUUACCUCGGUCUGACAACUUCUUUAAAACUUUAAAACUCCUUUUCCUUCCUCUUCUUCCCUUCAUCACCUUCUCUUCUCUCUGUUUCUUCUCCUUUCCCGUUUCCUUCUCCUCUACUUGUUUCCUCCUGCCUGUGUCCUGUCCCCUUCCCCCCAACUCCCUUCCUUGUUUCCCACCUUCUCCCUCUCCUCUCCAUCUCUUCCUUGUCUCCUUUCCUCUACUCCACUCCCAUGCCCCUUUCCAUCUUUCUCCUCUUCCCUCUCAUUUAUUCUCUUCUACUUUCCCCUCCUUGUUUACAAUCACCUCCUUUUCUCUCCUCCUCCCUCCUCCCCUCCUCCCUUCCUUCUCUCCUCUCCUGACACCAUGUUUCAUCUUCUCUCAUCUCCUCGUUUCCUCACCUAUGCUCUCCUCUCUUUUCCUUCCCUUGUUUCCUCUUCUCUCCUCGUCCUUGUGUCCUCAUUUCCUCUUCCUUCCCUCCUCCCCUGCUUCUCCUCUCAUCUCCUCGUUUCCUCCUCCUCCUCCUCCUCUCUCCAUCCUCUGGACUGUUACAGCGAUGGAUGUAAAGCUCUGUAAUGUAUCCGAGCUACUGUCACUCAACAACACCACGUAUGAGAAUGUCAAACAGGAUUUCUGUUAAUGCUCGAACGCACUGAAACACACACGAUAGGAACGUUUUUUAAUUGACCUUUUUGCAUCAUGCUUGUGAGUUUUUGCCGCCUCCCCUCCCUCCUGCCUGCUUUAGCCGCUCAUGUAACCACUGAACUCUUAGCGACGUGUAACCGUGUGCACAUGUAUUUAUUGCUCGUCUCUCUCUCGUCUCCUCAGAAACCCUGCACUUAAAAAUCCUCUGGUUUUGAACAGAAAAAGAAAAGACACGGAGACGGCUUUCAUGUAAAGAUCCUUUUUUUUGUUUGUUUUAGCAAAAAAACUUCAAAGAAUUUAUUUUCUCAUAAAAGAUGUGAGAUAAAUAACGAUGCGUCGGAUUCAAGAUCGAGUGACGCGACGUGUGUCUUUUUCUGGUCACGUUUCACGAGUCAUUUGGUCCAAAACCCCAAAGCGUUGGACAGAUUCAAAGUGUUGACCUGAUGGUGGCGCUGCAGGGAAAGUCAGAGGAUAAUCACAGUUGUUGUCACAGUUCAUCCUCGUGGGGAUCAUGACAGUUUUUUCGUGGAAAUCUAGUUAUUAAUGUUGAUUGAGACGUUGCACUAAAAAAAAUGUACAUUAGUUUACCUCAGGGCGGCGCUGAAGGUGAAGUGAGCAGCAGCGCCCCCUGCAGCCUGACGCGGCCACUAAUUUCUUUUUGGCUCCGUGUCCGAGCGAUGACGUCUUUCAACUCUGACUGCGUCGUCCUGAAACACAACUGAACAGCUGCACAUUACCCAUGAUCCUCUGCUUCCUGAACCUGAAGAACUCUGUUCACAAUUCUUCAUAUUUUUUAGAGAUUCCUGCUGAUUAUUUGGAGAUAAACGCCGUUUUUUUUACGACGUCGGAGUCUUUUUAACUGAUCUGCAGUUCGUCUUUACUUUUUUAAAUAUUCUCAAUUAAUCUAAUGUAUCUGUUCUAUAAAAUGUAAGUGACAGGAGACAUCUUCAGAGAUUCAGUUUAUCAUCAUAGAAAAUAUUUACUUCUGAUUAAUUUAUGAACAUUUUUAAGUAUAAAUAUUUUAAAUCAACGUGGUUUUGAACGUCUGACUGAGAAUCACUUCGCUGCUGUCUCUUCAUCCUUUGAGGAUUUUUAAGUCGACAAGGUUUCUGGCAGACAGCGAUGAUAUUUCUAAUAUUUGUGUUGUAUAUUGAUUAUGUAUUUAUGUGUUUACACGCCUACAUGCGGCUCCCGCGAGUCUGAAAUGUCUUAAUUGAAAGUUGCACUAUUAUAGGUAGAGACAAAGAAAAAAAAUCAUUGUAGAAGAUUUAACUUUCUUUAUUAUUAUUUAUUUACACUUCACAAAGGCAGAAAGUCGAGUGGAGCAUCUUCAGUCCAGGUUCAAUCCACCGAGGCCAAAAUGUAUAUUUUAAUCUCUAAUAUUAUUUACAUGAAAACAUGAAUUGUACAUUUUAUGAAUUUAGGACUGCGCUGCUUUUACAUCACACGUGACCGAGGAUAAAUGACUUUUGCAACUUGUGAGUGUUCACUCAAGAAACUGGUGGGAAGGUUUGAAAAUAUCAUUUCACAGUUUUAAUCCAUAUCCAGUAAAAUGUGGGUUUUUAUUACACUGAACAUCUGCGUUUGUUUGGUUUUACAUAACCACAUUCAAAUCUGCUACGUUUUUUAUUUUGAUCGGCACCAAAUCUCACUCACACAUAGAUUUCAGUUCCCUCAAUAUGCCUGUUUGGUUUUUAUUCCAUUAAAAACCCAUGAAUUAAUCUCUGGGAAAAUGUCCGGAAACCCCCCCCCCCCCCCGUCCUAUUUCACAAUCGUAUCUCGAUCCGCUCCGAACUUUACUGGAUUCUUUCUCGGCUCACGUCCGACCCCUCAUCAAAGUUUCAUGGCAAUCGGAUCUGUACUCUUUCAUUAUUUCUGUUAAAUUUUCUUUUUCUUAUUCGGUUCUUUAAAUAAUUCAAUGAGGUGUAGAGAUCGGACUUUAAGUGGAAAGAGCUGAACACGAAGCAUCGUCGACCGUGAUGAUACAGAUUCUGUAGGAUGACAAACUGACCGGAAACUGCAGAAACACACAGGCGGACGCAGAAUCGGAGAGAUUAAAAAAAAACCAACAGAUCUUUUAUCUUCUGUUUUUAUCUUCUGUAUCCUGUUACUGUUCGCAGCUGCAAUGAUCAAUAAAGUUUAAUUUCAUCGGA